AUGCACUGUGUGCUGCUUGGAGUGGCACGACAGCUUACUGAGUUUUGGCUGGACAGUGCAAACUCCCAGGAGCCGUUCUACAUUGGCACUCCUUCAACUCUAGCCAAGCUGGACAAACGUCUCCUGAGUAUUUGCCCACCCCACUGUUUCACACGGCUACCAAGGUCCUUGGCAGACAGGUGCUUCUGGAAGGCGAGCGAGUGGAAGAACUGGCUGCUCUACUACUCUCUGCCAACAGUACUUGGAGUGCUGCCACCGCGGUUCUGGAGGCACGUGUCAAUGCUGGCUGAAGCCAUUUUCACUCUGCUCAAGAGUGAAAUUUCACCAACUGAUCUUCAGCGGGCAGGUCAGCUGCUUCAGCCGUUUGUGUCAAGAGCUGCAAGCCUCUAUGGGACUCGCUUCAUGACCUUCAAUGUCCACCAGUUACGCCAUCUGACGUCGAGCGUGGAGAAUCUGGGUCCCCUUGGGCCAACUCGGCAUUUCCCUUUGAAACAGGGAAUGGGAAGCUGA